AUGGCUAUUCAUGAAGCAUGGCUUUUUGAAGACGACAGUGUAUUAGUUAAGUUUGAUAACGGUUGCCGUCUACAGCUCUCAUCAUGUGGUGCAGUAUUUCAAUGCUUUUUCCCAACUGAUAAUGUCAAGAGUAGCAGUGUACCUCUCAGCAAUGAAACACAGCAGUGUAGUCAGUUUGCCACAACAAUGUGGAAAGAUAUGGUCAAACAGGCUGUUGAUUUCAGAAAUAAAUUUGCAUGCUAUCCAUACUUAUGUUAUAAUCUUUCUGAAAUUACUACAGCUUAUGAGGUUUGUAUUCCUGCACUACCGGUAUUCAUAUUCUAAGUUGGAUUUACUAAAGGCUGGCUUUUCCCCUACCAUAAUUAGCUCAAAAUUAUUUUCUUUCACCAAAAUUCAAAAAGGAUUGUUCAGAUUGCCUUAUAAAACCUAUUAGUUUAUUAUUGAGUUAAUUAACUACAGUGUAUUGAGAAUUAAUCUUCCACAAAAUUUUAUAAAAAUUUAUUGUAAACAUUGGUUUUAUUUGACUUAUUAUCACAGUAAUGUAAAAUUAUGUCUAUAAUGUCAAUUUUACUGUUUUAAAUAUAUUAUGCAUAUUAUGCAUAAUAAUUAUCUCAUUUUAAAGCAACAUAAAGUUGUAAAUUCCAUGUCGUGUACUUGGUCUGCUGAAGAUCUUGGAGAGAACAGAAAUUACGAUCAUGAUGGUUCUAUCAGCAUUACCUCAAAAGAGAACAACAUUACUGUCAUCUUAUCAGCGUGCAAGCAGAGCUUUAUUGUCAAUUUUCUAUGUAAG